CCCGCCGCCGCCCUUCCUAGUCUCCUCAUAUCUCCUCAAGGUCGCAUUGCGAGUUGCGCCAACUCUGCGACUUUCUGCACACACACUAGCGUUCCUUGGACUGUCCCUAUAGUACCCAGCCAUGAUCGCCCUCCCCGCGCUGUCCGCUCUUUUAGCAGCCACGCUCUCUCUUGAGCUCGUCGGCGUCAACGCCCACGGCCCCAACGCUCACGCACAUAUCGCGCAGAAGCGCCAGCUCGCCGCCGCGUCCUCCGCCGCCAGCGGCGCAGCCCCGGCCACCGCCUCUGCCACGUCUGCGGCCGCCGCGACAUCUGCUGCGACCGUCUCUUCUGCCGCUGCGGGCACGACCUCGGCUGCCGCCAGUGCACCGGCCACGACCGCGGCGGCCGGGUCGGCGGUCGGCACCGGGUCGUACAGCGUGCCCCCGCUGGAAAGCAUCUCCGUGGGCAUGCCGAGCGGCGUCAUCCCGACGCUUACGACGACAUAUACCCCGGGCGCGAGCCCGACCUACCUUUCUGGCGCACCGCCGCUGCCGACGAAGUUCGCGUUCAGCUCGGCUGAUUGGCCCGAGUUGGACAAGGUCCCCCCUACCGAUACGGACCAGGUGAAGCAGUGGAUGAAGGAACUCGAUGGACACGAUAUUCCGGACAUCACCCCUACGCAGGACGGCUCGUGCGCGGGCGAUGCUGCGGCGGCUGCUCAGGCGCAGGAGCGCGGCUGGUGGACGUGCGGCGGGUACACAUCUGGAAACGACAUCGUCUCGUGCCCCGACAAGAUGACGUGGGGUGUCAGUUUCGAUGACGGCCCGGCUCCCUACAGUGAGAAACUCUUGGAGUACCUCGACGACAAGGACAUCUCCGCGACAUUCUUCGUCGUGGGCUCGCGUGUGAUCUCGUACCCGGACAUCCUCAUUGCGGAGUACAUGGCUGGCCACGAGAUCGCCGUGCACACCUGGUCGCACCACCCUCUCACCGCGAUGACGAACGAGCAGAUUGUCGCUGAGCUCGGAUGGACGCGGCAUGCGAUCCAGACGGUGCUGGGUGUCACCCCCACCUUCAUGCGUGCGCCAUUCGGCGACAUCGACAACCGUGUGCGUGCGAUCUCCAACGCCAUGGGCAUGCGUCCGAUCAUCUGGACCACCGGCCCCGGCGGUCCCUUCGACACCAACGACUGGCACGUCCCCGCCGGCUCGGUCACGGCGCCGGAGCAGUUCAACAUCUUCCAGGGCCUCCUCGGCAACGCGACGCUCAUGGACACCGGGUUCAUCGUGCUCGAGCACGAUCUCUUCGAGAUCACCGUGGACCUCGCUGUUGGCUACACGCUCGACGCUGCGCUUAACCACAAGCCCGCCUUCAACCUUGAGUCGAUCGGCCAGUGCCUGAGCCUCAACGCCGGCGACCUCUACGCGGAGACUGCGACGACGAACGUGUCGUCCGUAAACGUCACCGCGUCUGGCACGAACUCGUCGAGCGCCGCCGCGACCGGCUCGUCUGGUUCAUCGGGCGCCGCGCCGCGCACUGCCGUGUCCGUGUCCGCGCUCGUCGGCGUCGGUGCGGUGCUCCUCGCGAGCUUGUUGUGAGGGGGUGCGAUGCUGCCUACGACACGGACUUGUUUGGCGGAUUUUUUCUUAUAAAAUUAGCAGUACAGCAAUCUUAUUGUUUGGACUCGUGCAUGCAUGCUAUUAGACGAAUGAACUGAUCCACAUACCCGUAUGCUUCCCCGUACAAAUUACAUUUGAC